UAGUGCAUCUCCUCAAGGCAUCUUACACAUCCACCACAAAGGCAGGAAACAGGAAAUGUACAUGUUCUGAAAAGCCAAGGGAGAAUGAAAGCAGUGUUUUACCUGGUCACGGAGGAGGUAACAUGCAGAAGUACAACUUUGUGUUGUCCUUAUUUCUGCUGCUGAGUGAAAUACUUUUCUACUGUGGCUCUACAACUACGAUGGAAGCUGAAGAAGCUUCAGGAAGUGGCACACCAUUAUCUACUACCAUGGUAAUAGCACAUACCACCAUAUCCACUGUAAUUUUUACAAGUGACCAGGAUCUGCAGGCUGCCACCAUGCUGACAGAAACAGAGACUUUUGAAAGUGAAAGUAAUUCCACAACGGAAAGAAACGAUGUAGAACAAGAAAGUCUACAUCCUGCUCUGAUUUUUGGAGCCCCUGCAGCAUUGCUGCUAGUCAUGUUGAUUUUGUUGGUCAUCUUUAUUGUAAGACGCCACAAGCAGAAGCAAUCCAAACAAGAUGAACUAGAGAGUGAAAACUGCAAAAGUCCUAUCUUUGAAGAAGACACACCCUCGGUAAUGGAAAUAGAGAUGGAAGAGCUUGAUAAAUGGAUGAACAGCUUAAACCGAAAUGCGGAAUGUGAAUAUUUGCCUCCUGUGAAAGAAGAAAAAGACUGUAAUGCCAACCCAAGUGACUGCGAAUCUUAAAGGUCGAGACGGCAUUAUAUGGAUUAACAGAAGAGAACAAAUGAACAGAUCCUGAGGUCCCGGACAAUCUGCAUAUGAAUCUCCUUCAGCUCAAAUAGUAAAAGAUGUCAGUGCAUCGUGUCUGUCUCUGCUGAUACUGUUCUGCAUCAUAACAACACUGGUUCUGCAAAACAGAGGCCUCAAAAUUAAUUUUUACUUUUGUGAAAUUCAGGAGUGGAUAGAGAACAAUUACCUUUCAGACAUUUCUCAGAGCAAUUUGUUUCUUCCCUUGAGUAUGGUAUAUCUUCCUUCUUUUGUAAUACUGUCAAUUACACUAAUAUUGCCAAGUAGUAAGGUCGCAGUGCCCUUGAUUCUAAAUUUCUUUUCUCAGAUGUAUUUAAACCACAGUUGUGAAAUAUAAGCCAUGCCUGUGGCAUUUCAUUUUCUUUUCUCCCAGUGAUGGUGAUACCUCACUCAGAUUUGUACCGAUGAGAGCAGCAAAAAAUGUGCAGUGAUUGUAGACGAGAAUGUAACAUGGGCAGCAUUUCAAAUACCCAGGAGAAGCUAGAGGAGGUGGAGAGAGUCGGGAGACUUUCCAAAGCUUGUACUGUGUUUGGUUAGAAAAUAUCAUUAUGUACUUUUAAAGUGUUGUUCCCAGACUUUGGUCCACCAGAUGUUUUGGACUUCAGCUCCCACAAUUGCUGACUACAGUCUGUAUGAGAAUCCAAAUCACUUGGAGGAUCAAAGGAACUCAUCAUUUUAGAAAUGCUGGACAUAGUUGUAUCUGAAUGGAAUAGAUGCACCCUAGGUCUACUUCCUCAGAUGCAGACUUACAAUAACCUAUGAAAACUUAUGCUAUCAUUUUACGGAUAUUUCAUACUUAUUCAGCUCUAUCUUUGAAUUAUAACCCAAUGUAGCAACACUGUUAGGGUGCUUAUGAGCUGUUUUACUCUAUAUGGUAUUAAUUCUCCCAGUACAAGCCUUGGAUAGAAAGGCAAUAUGCCAGCAUCAAUUGUGACAAGAUGAUUUAGCACACGGUGAAGAAGGUGCUGGUGAGACAAUGUGAACAAGUAUGAGCAUGUGGUUUGCUGCUGCUUAUUUUCUUCCUACUGAUAUUAUGUAUAUUAGUAAGAUUGAAUCAUAUUUUAAAAUGCCCCAGGCAAGAAAACUAGAUUUAAUAAAGCUGAUAAUGCCUCAUAAUAACAGUGGUCACAAUUCAGUAUUAAGAUUACUUAUGUUCUAGGACAGUGCUUCUCAAUCUGUGGGUCCCCCGGUGUUUUGACCUACAACUCCCAGAAAUCCCAGCCAGUUUGCCAGCUGUUAGGAUUUCUGGGAGUUGAAGGCCAAAACAUCUGGGGGCCCACAGGUUGAAAACCACUGUUCUAGGACAUGCAGCAUCACCCAUUGAGCAAAAUAGUGAAGCACUUCUUCGAAAGCCUUAUUCACAGAAUGAGUCAUCAAAAUAUCUUUGGUAAUACACCCCAUCCUAUUUUCUUAUGAGGACAUCAUCACAUUUGGGAAUGAGCUAUGGCCAAUACUAAAUAAUUAGUGGUGCAUGAAGUAUGAAAAUGAAAUAUUUUUGAAAAUCUGUAUUAACUGUAAGAUUUCUUUUCAUUUUAACAUGACUCUUUUUUAACUUCAAUCUAGUUUGAAUUACUGAGAUGUAUGGACUUGUAAAGGUUUGGGAGUGACAAGCAAAUAUUGAUGGUGUCCUAUUUUGACCUGGUAUUUUCCAAAUGUGUUGCUUACAAUGGCCAUCAUACCCAGUAAGUCAGGUCAAUAGUUGUGUUGGCAGGGAUACUAGAGACUGCACUCCAGAAGAUUUGGAGGGUGCAAGUUUAGCAGAAUAUAUGGCUUCAUGCACAGAAUUAAAAAUACUAAAAGUAAUUGCACUAUAUAACACAAUGUUUGUUCCUGGGUUAUAAAUGUCAUUUCCUAAUUGUGUCUAUCAUAAAAAACAUGGGAAAUGUUUAUUAAACUGCAAAAACCUUGUUUUUGUGGGACAUCCUGCAGCAAAUUUUGCUAUAGUUUUUCAAUGAAUAUAUCGCAAGAGACACAGCCAAUACAAUAUAGUUUGUGGCAGCCACGAAAACAAAGUUUUUGGAGUAUAAAAACUACUUUCAUAGCAAGUACCACACAAUUAAACAAGAAACAAUACUUUCAAACCAGGAACAGAACAUUUUUCAAAUUUUGUUACAUAGUGUUAUUGGUGCCAAGCAUUGUGAUCAAAUCCAUUCAGUUCUUUCAUAUUAUAUUUAAAUAAUUCAUGUUUCUGUAUCUAUAUAUAUAAAAGGGUAAUGAAAUUUCCGCCUAGGACAAAACAACAAAACUACACACCCCAGAAACACUAAACUUGGCAGCACAACCCUUCAUCCAUGACUCUACGUUCAUACAACAAAAAGAAAAGAAAAAUAAAGUCCUAAUUAGAGGGAGAGGAAUAAUUGUUUUUAUCCAAUUGCUGCCAGUUAGAAGGCUAAUCUCUGCCCACUUGGUCUCUUAGCAACCCACUCAGCCCAGGGGACAGGCAGAGUUAGGCCUCACUUAGGCCUCUUCCACACUGUCUAUAAAAUACAGAUUAUCAGAUUUGAACUGGAUUAUAUGGCAGUGUAGACUCAAGGCCCUUCCACACAGCUAUAUUACCCAUUUAUAAUCUUAUAUUAUCUGCUUUGAACUGGAUUAUUUGGACUCCACCCUGCCAUAUAAUCCACUUCAGUGUGCAUUUUAUACAGCUAUGAAGAAGGGGCUUCAUAUAAUCUAGUUCUAAGCAGAUAAUAUAAGAUUAUAAAUAUAAUAUGUAAUAAUUACUGUGAUAUAAUAAUACAGAACAAUAUAAUCUCUAAAAUCAGGACAGUAAAUAAAGAGCAAUACUCUGAAAGCAUAAGCCACAGCAAUGCGUGGCCGGGAAAAGCUAGUGUGUUAUAUUCUAUCUGUGAUGGUGCCAAAUAUACACUUCCUAAAACGAGCUAUUUAAAUGUCCUGAAUGACUGAAGAAAUAAGUACCGGUAUGUUAUAAAUGUGCAGCAUUUAUAACAUACUUCUUUCUCUCCAACCAAUGCAACAACAGCAAACAUAAUAUAUGACAAAAUAUCCAACUUUCCAUUUAACUAACAGUAUUUAUGUCACAGUUGUGAAUUGUUUAUGUACACAAUAAUAAAAGAGAUGAGCAAAAACAUGUCACUGAAAUGGUAUGUUUAUUCUGUAAAUAAUGGCUUGAUUUAGCUUAGUAUCUUUAAUGUUUACAUCUGUAAUAUAGAUCAGGAAUGGAAAUUAUAUAGUCCCAUAGAUGUAGUUGAACUAUAAUUCCCAGCAGCCAUAACACAGCAUGGUGAGUGGCAAUGAGUGCUGGAAGUUGCACUCCAACAAAAUCUGGAGGGCUAUGUAAUUUCCACUGCAGGUAUAAUCCCAAUCUAAAUUUGUUAUUUGGUUGGGACUAUAAUCUAAGGGCCAGAGGAGACAUUCGCUUGGACCUUAUCCAGAGCUCAGAAAGACCUUACCUCUAAUGUUUAAGAAGUGGAAUGGGAGGAGGCUGAUAGCAGCUCUAUGGGUACAGUGUGGGCAAAACACUCCUAUCUACAGCCCAAAGGGGAAGUUAUGUCAGUAUGAAUCCUUUCCUUCCUAUGGUUACAGUUGGAGAGGAAUAAUGACACAAAGAAGUAAAGUCGAACAUUGUAGCUUUUUUGGAGCCCCUGAUAUGAGUCCUUUGUAAAAUAACCCUCUGCCUUGUCUAGAUUUACAGAUUAAGAACAGAAUAUCAGCAAGGAGAAACCAGUGGUUUAUGACACUGAGACUAAUUUUAAAAAUAUACGUCUCGUUUUGUUUUUCAGUUUAUGUCUUUAAGCAAAAUAAAAUGUCCUCUCUUUGUCAGCAUGUAUGUUGGUGAGGGAAUAUUUCAGAUGAUCUUUAGGGAUUGCAGACUGUGAAUACUGUUUCUUUUUUCUCUUUUUGUGGGAAUGGAAUUUAUAAUAAACUGUUUCUUAAAUCUGAUGUAUUUUAUAAAUAUUUUGGAAUAAAGUGUUAAAAACCUGGCA